ACGGAAGUACCGUAUUUACGGAAGGACCACACGGGCGAUCAUGGCAAUGGCGGCUACUGAAAAGAAUGUGGAACUGAAGCGCAAAGUAGAUGAUGAUCAUGAUGGAGACGGGGACGAAGAAGAUGCCGAGUGGGUUGGACCCAUGCCAAGCGAAGCCACAAAGGCAAAGAAAAGGAAAGUACUCGAGUACGAGCGUGUCUAUCUGGACAACCUCCCGUCGGCUGCAAUGUAUGAACGGAGCUAUAUGCACAGGGACGUCAUCACACACUUAGUUUGUACAAAGUCAGACUUCAUCCUCACUGCCAGCCAGGAUGGCCAUGUCAAAUUUUGGAAGAAGAAGGAGGACGAGGGGAUAGAGUUUGUCAAACACUUUCGAAGUCAUCUCGGUGUGAUCGAAAGCAUUGCGGUCAGUGCGGAAGGGGCCCUUUUCUGUUCCGUUGGUGAUGAUCAGGCCAUGAAAGUAUUUGACGUGGUCAAUUUUGACAUGAUCAAUAUGCUGAAGUUGGGCUUUCAUCCAGGCCAGUCUGAGUGGAUCUAUAAUCCUGGAGAUGCCAUCUGCACAGUAGCCUGCUCAGAAAAGUCCACAGGGAAAAUCUUCAUCUAUGAUGGCAGGGGAGGCAACGACCCCCUCCAUGUCUUUGACAAAAUGCACUCCGCACCGCUUUCCCAAAUCCGCCUGAAUCCCAAGUUUCGAGUCAUUGUGUCUGCUGACAAAGCGGGAAUGCUGGAGUACUGGACAGGCCUUCCAAAUGAAUUCAAGUUCCCCAAACAUGUGGAUUGGGAAUACAAAACGGACACUGACUUGUAUGAAUUUGCAAAACACAAAACCUAUCCCACCAGCCUUGCCUUUUCCCCCGAUGGGAAGAAGAUGGCCACCAUCGCUUCUGAUAGGAAAGUCAGGAUCUUCCGAUUCCUAACAGGAAAACUAAUGCGAGUGUUUGAUGAAUCAUUAACGAUGUUCACAGAGCUGCAGCAGAUGAGACAGCAGCUUCCUGACAUGGAGUUUGGGAGGCGGAUGGCUGUGGAGAGAGAACUAGAGAAGGUGGAUGGUAUUCGGCUGGCAAACAUCAUCUUUGAUGAGACUGGCCACUUUGUUCUGUAUGGGACCAUGCUGGGCAUCAAGGUCAUCAAUGUGGAAACCAACAGAUGUGUGCGGAUCCUUGGGAAGCUGGAGAACAUCCGUGUGGUUCAGCUGAGUUUGUUCCAAGGUGUUGCAAAGGCCAUGCAAGUGGCACCCACUGUGGAGAUGAAAGCUUCUGACAACCCUGCCUUACAGAACGUAGAGCCUGACCCAACCAUCUUCUGUAGUGCUUUUAAGAAGAACCGCUUUUACUUGUUUUCGAAGAGAGAACCAGAGGAUACCAAGAGCGCCGAUUCAGACAGAGACAUCUUUAACGAGAAGCCCUCAAAAGAAGAGGUGAUGGCCGCCACGCAGGCCGAGGGCCCCAAGAGAGUGUCUGACAGUGCCAUCAUCCACACCACUAUGGGAGACAUCCACAUCAAGCUUUUCCCUGUGGAAUGCCCCAAAACUGUGGAGAACUUCUGCGUCCACAGCAGGAAUGGAUACUACAAUGGCCACAUAUUCCACAGAGUGAUCAAGGGCUUCAUGAUUCAGACUGGAGACCCCACAGGAACAGGCAUGGGAGGAGAGAGCAUCUGGGGAGGGGAGUUUGAAGACGAGUUCCACGCCACGCUGAGACACGACCGCCCAUACACACUUAGCAUGGCAAACGGAGGCCCGGGCACCAAUGGCUCACAGUUUUUUAUCACCGUGGUACCCACUCCCUGGCUUGACAACAAACACACUGUGUUUGGGAGGUGCACUAAAGGCAUGGAGGCAGUCCAGAGGAUCUCCAAUGCCAAAGUCAACCCGAAGACUGACAAGCCAUAUGAAGACAUCAGCAUUAUUAACAUCACCAUAAAGUAAUUGUAUGCCUUUGUCAUGUAAUGUACAGCGAUUUAUUAAAGAAGACCAAAUGUUGUUAUAA